CUAUAUAAAAAAACUUCAGACACGGAGAAAUCACGAACCUCUGAGGAUGGAGCAGGCAUACGGGGCUGGCAAGGCUGGCGGCACCUUCGAUCCAAUCACGUUCUUUCAGCAGCCGCAGAUUAUUCUUCGAAUAGUGUCAUGGAUCUUUUCCAUUGUGAUCUUUGGUUGCAUUGCUAACGAGGGCUACGUGAAUCGUCCGGAUGAGGUGGAGGAAUAUUGCAUCUUUAACCGCAACCAGAAUGCCUGUAACUAUGCUGUGGGUAUGGGAUCCCUGGCCUUCCUCUGCUGUGCUGCUUUUAUGGCACUGGACGUCUAUUUUCCUCAGAUAAGCAGCGUUAAAGACCGCAAGAAGGCUGUGUUAGCAGAUAUUGGCGUUUCAGCCUUCUGGUCUUUCGUGUGGUUUGUGGGAUUCUGUUUCCUUGCCAAUCAGUGGCAGGUGGCUAAACCAGAAGAUAACCCCCUCAAAGAGGGUGGAGACGCAGCCAGAGCAGCCAUCACCUUCGCCUUCUUCUCCAUAUUCACAUGGGCCGGUCAAGCUUUUUUCGGUUUCCAGAGGUACAAGUUAGGUGCGAGCUCGUCCCUCUUCUCUCAGGACUACACUGAUCCCAGCCAGGAUCCCGCCGGAGUGCCUGCUGCAGGCACAGAGUACACUGGAUACAACGCUGACAUGGAGGCUAAUUAUGACGGCUCUGGGGGAUACCAGAACCAAGACUACUAAGGUCGAGUGUAAGGAUGCACACAACAGCCUUAACAAGCUAGGCUGACUGGGUUACAUGGGGGAAACUUAAUAUAUAGGGUGAAAAGGACAAACAGGAACUUAUUUUGGGGGGUAGAAUAUGGGGACCAAAGCAGGCUGACAGGAAUUCAGGGGUUUGUUUGGUGCUAAAA